AGAGGGGAUCGACGAUGGCUGUAUAAAAUUGAUGGGUGACGGGUUAAUGAAGCAUAGUUUCUGUAAACCUGUCUCAGAAGAAUAAGCAUGCUCGAGGUGGAAAACAGCUUUUGUCUCUGUUCAUACGGAUGCAAGAGUCAUGGUGAAAUGGUUUACGAUCCUAAACUGGUACAUGGAGGAAAUUACAUCAAAGAGGGCAUGGACUCGGCGAAAAGUACCUCCAUAAUCUUUUCACCUAAGGAAGAGGAUUCUAUCGGAGCAUUGAGCAGAUACCUUAAACUAUUCGCUGAACACGAGGUUAAUCUACUGCAUAUAGAAUCUAGAAGCUCCCUUCGCCAAUCGAAUGUUUACGAGUUUAUGGUGGAAUGUGCACCUGGUGGGGACCUUGGAACGGUGAUCGACAAUUUGAAGGAACAAUGCAGCUACUUCUCCAUCAUUUCCAGAAAUUACAAAGACAAUAUGGGAACUGUACCAUGGUUUCCAAGAAGAAUUAGAGAUUUGGACAAAUUUGCGAAUCAGAUUCUUUCCUAUGGAACAGAAUUGGACAGCGAUCAUCCUGGAUUCACGGAUCCUGUUUACCGAAGUAGGCGCAAAUAUUUCGCUGACUUGGCUUACAAUUACAAACAUGGUCAACCUAUACCGAGGGUGGAAUACACCAAAGAAGAAAUCGAGACUUGGGGUACAGUCUUUAGAAACUUAACAAAACUUUAUCCAACGCACGCGUGCAAGGAACACAAUCAUGUGUUUCCCUUGCUCAUCGAAAACUGUGGUUAUAGAGAGGACAAUAUUCCACAAUUGGAAGACAUAUCAAACUUCCUGAAAGAUUGUACUGGCUUUACCCUUCGACCAGUGGCUGGUCUCCUCUCCUCGCGUGACUUCCUAGCCGGCCUAGCUUUCAGAGUAUUUCAUUGCACGCAAUAUAUUAGGCACGGCAGUAAACCAUUAUAUACGCCUGAACCCGACAUUUGUCACGAAGUAUUGGGUCAUGUACCUCUAUUUGCCGAUCCAUCGUUUGCUCAAUUUUGUCAAGUUGUUGGCUUGGCAUCCCUCGGUGCUCCUGAUGAGUACAUCGAAAAAUUAGCUACGUGCUUUUGGUUCACGGUCGAAUACGGUAUGUGCCGACAGAAUGGCCAGUUGAAAGCAUAUGGUGCUGGAUUACUUUCAUCUUACGGUGAACUCGAGUAUUGUUUGAGUGGUAAACCAGAACUGCGGCCUUUCGAACCGAUGAAAACAGCACUGCAGAAAUAUCCAAUAACCGAGUAUCAGCCCAUAUAUUUCGUUGCCGAGAAUUUCGAAGAGGCUAAGCAGAAGAUGAUAAAAUUCACCGAGAGUAUGCCUAGGAAGUUCGGAGUAAGAUAUGACGCAUAUACUCAAAGCAUUAACAUAAUCGACAGCAAACACCAAAUCGAAGAUCUCGUAUACAACGUGAAUCAAGAAGUACAAAUUUUGAUGGACGCUUUAAGAAAAUUGAAGUAAUAGCAUUGUAUGUACUUAUAAUAUAAAAUAUUUUGAAAUGUUAUUUUAUAAUAGUACAGUACUUAACAACGCUUAAAACAAUUUACGAGACAAAAUCAAAUGAAACAAGAAAAAAAGGAAAUAUUUCCAAGUUCCGAAAAAAUUAAUUUUCAUCUGCAAAUCUAGUUUCUCCGUAAUGAAAGCAACUUUCAUCUCAUGUUUAAAAUUAAUACUUCAAAGAUAAUUCACACAAUUUC